GGAUUUCAAGAGAAUCGACAUGACGUUGGCAAAACAGCAAGUCACGCAUGCGAAAAAAGGGAUAAAACGCCCAUUAGAAGAAGAAAAGGGUAAAGGGGAAUUGGUAAAAUUAGGUGAUAUUGAAAAUAUUUACAAGAGGCGCAAAUUCACCAAGGAAGAACGAGUAGCCAGUGUCAAGAAAGGACAAGAAGAGAGAGACAAGUUUGGCUACAAAGACGGUCGUCAAAAUCCCCUGUGCAGCAGAACAAACCGCGAGAGAAGUAAGAACAAGAACUACAUGAUGAUAAAGCACAAAGUUAGAAGCAAAGUCAAGCGAUCUUUCAAAGAUAAACAAAUAGCACUAAGGAAUCACUUGCUCAAGUUAAAAAAGAUGAAAUAGAGCCGACGUUUGUAGCUUCAUACAUAUAUGUACAAACUUGGUGGUUUUUACACUGUUAAUAUGUAAAAUCGAAAGAUCUUCUAUACGUGCAAAAUAUCAAAUUUAUUUAAAUUUCAAA